UUUACAUCUAAACAGUGCAGGUUAAUGUUGUACAACCACAGAGUGCUCUUACUAACCUCUAUACAUUGCUGGGUGUUGGUCUGUAUAUUUUUAUUGAAAUACUCACUUUGUAUACCUUGGGUUAAAUUCUACUACUACUACUAAGACUUAUAGCAACAACAACAUCAAUAAUAAUAAUAAUAAUAAUAAUAAUAAUAAUAAUAAUAAUAAUAAUAAUAAUAAUAAUGAUCCUUGUGUGUACAGAGAGGUUGCAGCAGAAAAAUACACUAGUAAGUUAAAAGCUGUGGCUUUCUCUUUGUUUAUUAACGGCUUCUAUUGUGUAAGCGCUGGUCUUAGACCCGCCUCCUUGCCUGUUCUCAACUAGGUCCAGGAGAUGGAGGAUAAAUAUUCGGCCUCUGUGUGGUGUAUUUUAUUGAGCGGCUUCACUUCAAUAGAGCAGCAUCAUGUCUGGUAGAGGUAAAGGCGGUAAGGGACUCGGCAAAGGGGGCGCAAAGCGUCAUCGUAAGGUCCUUCGCGAUAACAUCCAGGGAAUCACUAAGCCGGCUGUUCGCUGUCUGGCUCGCCGUGGCGGUGUUAAGCGUAUUUCCGGCCUGAUUUAUGAAGAGACUCGUGGUGUGCUGAAAGUCUUCUUGGAGAACGUCAUCCGCGACGCCGUCACCUACACAAAGCACGCUAAAAGAAAGACCGUCAACGCCAUGGAUGUGGUGUAAGCUCUGAAACGCCAGGGACGCACUCUGUACGGCUUCGGCGGAUAAACGUUCAACACCCAACCACGUCAACACAACGGCUCUUUUAAGAGCCACC